AUGGCAAGUUUAAUCAUCAGAGAUGUCAUGACGGCGAGUCUAAGACGGAGAGACGAAGAGAAGAUGAAGAAGAAUGUUGAAAGUUUGGUGGAUGAAAUGAAGAAGGUUGCUGAGGAAAAGAAAGUGGAAGGUGAAAAAGAAGAAGCUGUUACUGAAAAACAGCAGAAUGAAGAUGAUCUGAAGAAGAAAGAAGAAGCUGAUGUGAAGUUGAAAAGAUCGGUUGAAGAAAGUGAUGUUGGUGAAGCUGUUGCUGAGGAACAACAGAAGAGAGAAGCUGAUCAGACACAGACGGCAGAAAAAGCCGAGGUGCCAAUGACUGAGAUGUCAGAAAAUGAAAAGGUUUUGAAAGAUCAUGCUGAAAAGCUGGCACAAAAAUGCAAUAUUUUAGAAAAGGAAAAUGAGAUUUUGAAAGAAAAGUGUUCAGCAAUGACAGAAGAGUGUUUGCAAAAAGAAAAUUCGUUUCAAGAAAUGAAAAAAGAGUAUGAUUCAAUAAAACUUGCAUAUCAUAUUACAGAAGAAUCAUAUGAAGACGUGAAGAGUCAAAUGGAAUUUGGUCAUUCGAGAUUGAAACAUUGUUCUGAAAUAUCCAAUACGCUUAAACGACAGUAUGAAAUUAAACAACAAGUUGUAAAUUCUUACAUUGAAGAUGUUGCUAAGCUAAAGCGUAAAAUAGCUGAUUUAGAACAAGAUAACAACAAGUUGCAUAGUUAUCACGCUUCAUCAUAUGUUCUUGAACGAAUUUUCAACAUAAAACCAGAUGAUAACGAUUUUGAGCAAAACAAGAAAGGAAUUGGAUCAGAAUAUCAUCUGGUUCCACCACCGUUUGAGGAAAAAUUCACAUUCUAUGAUGACGAGAAGGUGGAAAAAUCUUUCAACAUGGUUAAUCAAUUUCCAGAUAAUAUUGACAAAAUUGACUCAACCAAAAUGGUUGAAAUUAAAGAUGAAAAGUUGUUUGUGCCAAACGACGAGAAUUUUCCAAAAUUAAAUGAAGCAUAUUGCGUUGAAAUGCCUAAGGUGCUCCCGAAGACAACUGAAUGUCAACUAGAGGAGUAUUGGAGCAGCCUGGCAUAA